AAGACCCAAGGACACAAACAAACACUCACCAACCAGCCAAACCACAACAACCAAACAACCAACCACACAACCACAACAACAAACCGUCAAGCAAACACAGCACACUCAGGGGAAUGCGACCACCACAAUGAUGGGCCCUCCCAACAGCAGUCGGCCACGACGGAAACCGGCAGUGUCGGUCCGAACCGUGGUGACGUUUGCCAUCUUUGGAGUCUGUUGUUUCUAUGCGGGUGUCUUGGUAGGUGCUCACACCAUGGGCUCCAAUAAUUGUUCCCACGUGGAACCACAACAGACGCCGAACAAAGAGGCAGAAGAACCCCGAUUUCCCGCCGACGUGUCGACGUUUGCUGCUGGCAUGGCGUUGGUCCCACGGGCGGGGUUCAUGGAACGAUUCGAGGAGAUGGGGUUUCCACUCGACGAACCCAACCGCCACAACAAUCAAGUACUACUAUUGUAUUCCCACGACGAAGCCUUGCCGCCGAAAAGUCGCACUGCCGCAAAGAGUAAUACGCACAUUCCAGUGUUGGAAAAUGUCAGUGACGCGACAGAGAAUUGCGACACCCUGAACAUCAUCUUGUCGCAACCGGGCGACAAACAACAAUGUUUUGCGAUACUGGGACAAUUUCGAUCGCAUCACGUGACCAAAUUCAUGCGAUUGCCACUCGAAGGUCCGUUGGAUCAUCAAGCACCACUGCGGCUGGUCAAUCGAGGCGCCCAGGCAUCGGGACGCGUGUCCAUGAAAACACCGACCGCGGAGGAAACCAAGGUCUAUUGGGAAACACUUCAACGCUAUUUGAAUACAUUGGACGCAACACUGGACUUGCUCCAACCGUUGGCACAAAAAGUAGCCCAACAAAAUACAGUCAUUGUCAUGGUGUGUAAUCAUGGACAGUCGGAACUGUUGAUGAACUUUGUCUGUGCCAGCAGAUCGAGAGGUGUGGAUUUGUCGACCGUACUGGUGUUUGCCACCGACAAAGAAACAAAAGAAUUGGCAGAGGGGUUUGGCUUGACUUCCUUUUAUGAUGAAACGAACUAUGCCGACAUUCCAAUGAAAGCGGCAGGACGAUAUGCCGAUGUCACGUUCUCGGCCAUGAUGAUGGCAAAGGUAUAUUGCGUCCAACAGGUUGUUUUGCUCGGGUACGACGUCCUCUUUUUGGAUGUAGAUAUUGUCCUCUACAAGGAUCCCUUGCAGUUCUUCCACGACACAGCUUCACCCUAUUACAAUCAUGACAUUUACUUUCAAGAUGAUGGCUCCAGAGCCUUGUUUUAUGCACCCUAUUCUGCAAACACUGGAAUGUACUACAUUCGCAACAAUGACAAGACAAAAUACUUUUUCAACAGUCUUUUGUUGGGUGGAGACUUGAUCACGGCCACCCAUAGUCAUCAGAUUGCAUUGGUGUCUUUGUUGAGUGAACAUGCUUCCCUUUACGGCUUGAAGGUAAAGGUGUUUGCUCGCCGAACUUCCCUCUUUCCCGGUGGCUACUCGUUUCAUAACCAUCACGACUUUAUGAAGGAACUCAUGGGAGGCAAGGUGGAUGACGCUAUUUUGUUUCAUAUGAGUUGGACCACCAACAAGAAAGACAAGGAGAAAUUCUUGCGCCAAAUGGGCAAUUGGUUUGUGCAGGAUAAAUGUGUGGGAUCUACGGCAUCCAAAAUCUUGGGAAAAGACGACGCGAUUGCCAUUGCCAUUGAAUCGAAGAGUCUUUUGGAGCCAUGUUGCCUCAAGGAACCCAACGUGUCAUGCUUUUACAAGGACAAACCGAGCAAAAUCCCAUGCAAGGAUAGCCCGGCACUGGACAAGCGCCAUGGAUCCUUUUGGUAGCUUGGGAUGGUCAAAACACGGGGCGAUACCUUCUUCCGUCACGAAAAGAACAGCAUUUCGUCUGCAGAAAAUGUGACAUGCUGCCCCCGUGACGGCUGUAUCCCUUGCGUUGGAUUGGGCACACAGGGGGCCUUCAGUGCCAUUGACGCUCGGUCCGCAACGACUUCAAAGACCGUUCAUUCGGCAGACUGAGUGCAGAAUGAGAAGAUAAUGCUGAUGCCGAAGCUGUUUGUUUGACGAACUUUAAGAGGUAAGCAAGCGACUUCGUUUCAAUUCUCUUUUUCACGCAUGUAUCGAAGCCGCAUUGCACUAGCUCUCCCAUAGUGCGCUGCGGUCAAAUAUCAUGCCAGAUGGAUGCAAAAUGCACGAGCAGGCGGGUGUGAUGUCCACAUUAUCUAUAACCCCAACUGAGGCAUUCUCAAUAGCCCGCCCGACAGAUUUGUUUCGUUUCUCAUGUGUUGCUUGUUGUUGUGCUUGUGAAGGCAUCAGCCAUACGGAAGGUUCCCAAGCUCCUCUCCUGGUCUUCGACAUGCGUUUGAGUCCGUGGAGAGGAUUUGAAUGCCGUGUGUUGCGAUUCAACAGUUCUUGGUAGCUUGGUCUCAAUAAGAGAGUGUUCGCCAACUUCGACGCCGAGAAUGCAAUGUUGUGUCGGUUGAGCCACGGUAUAUUCAUGCUGAAUUUGAUGACCCAUUUGGAUAAAAUGGGGGAACAAGAGCUGAG